GUGGCACUUAAUCACCCUGACCUUCACCCCUGUAAUAUAUAACCACCAUUUUUCUCCAUUAAAUUCAUCGCAACAAAAACCAUUAUUCAGAAACAAAGAAAAUAAACGUAGGAAAAGUAGGUCCAUGGGAGGUGCCACCACCAGAUUUCCAAUGAGCCAUCGAGUCCUGUCGCCAAGUCACAAGUACGGUGCCGGAGAUAACCCGGCCGGCGAUCAACCCGCCGUCCUAUUGUCCGGUUCAAUCUUUGGGUUUCUCGAGCAAGAAAACACCAUGUUAUCGUCGCCGGAGACUGACGAGUAUACCGGAAUCCAGCACGAAAUCGAAGACGACGAUGAGACCCAAAACCCAGAAAGAACCGAAGACAAGAUUAAAUUUUGGGAGACCCAACAUCAAAAUUUACAUGCAACAUUAUUCAGGACGACGAGUUUAGAAUCAAAAAUACGAAUUAUAACGAAGGAAGUAGUAGGGGAACUCGAGGUGGUUGACAGUGUAUGUUCUUGCUCAAGACCAAUUUCCGGCAGUUGCCGGAGUUGCAGGAUGACAGAAGUCUGCCGCCGGCUCCAGAAUUCCGGCUACAAUUCGGCUAUCUGCAAGUCUAAAUGGAAAAGCUCCUUAGAAAUUCCUUCAGGUGAACACACGUUUGUAGACGUAAUCGAUAACUCCAAUAGCAAGAAAGGAGAUGUGAGAGUGAUUAUCGAAUUAGAAUUUCGUGGUCAGUUUGAGAUGAAAAAAGGAAGUGAGGAGUACAAUGAACUCGUAUCCAAACUCCCAGAUAUAUUCGUUGGCAAAAUCGAAAGACUACAAACUGUGAUUAAAAUACUGAGUAAUGCAGCAAAACGAUGCAUGAAGGAAAAGAAGAUGCAUUUGGGUCCAUGGAGGAAGCAAAGAUAUGUGGAAGCUAAGUGGCUUAGAGUCGUUGACCGGACAACAUGCAUGAGUUUGACCAAACCAUUGGCGAAGACGAUUGAUAGUUAUUUGAUCUCAUGCCCUGUGAAGACUCGGGCUAAGGCAUCAAUGUUGACUAUGGAUCUUGAUCAUAAGUUGCCCAUGGUGCCCAACUUUUAUGCAUCUGUUGUUGAAGUUUUGUAAGAAGUGAUUAUAUUAGUUAUAUGUUUUGUAUUAAGGUCAUUGAUUUAAACCGCUAAUUGAGUGUAAAUUUACGUUUAUGGAGUUGGUAAUUAAUUAAAUGCUCGAUAUGGAAAUCAUAGAGUACUCGAACCUCAAUGUUCUGUUAUAUAUUUUAUGGUGUCUAGGGGAUGCAGCAGU